AACAUAUUUACACACUAAGUUGGAGAAAAUUCAAAGUAAUUUCCAACUAUGGAAGACAACAAAACAGAUUUGAAAAGUAAAAGCACUUCUGGAAUUGUGUACUUAAGUAGAAUUCCACCAUUUAUGAAGCCACUUAAAGUAAGAACAAUGUUCUCCCAAUAUGGUGAAGUGGGAAGAUUGUUUCUCCAGCCAGAAGAUCCCAGCAUUUCUAAACGCAGAAAGAAAGGUGGAGGAAGUGGACGCAAACAGUUUACGGAAGGUUGGGUCGAGUUUAAAGACAAAAGGGUUGCUAAAGCAGUAGCAUCAACACUUAACAACACAAACAUAGGAGGGAAAAAGAGAUAUUAUUACCAUGAUGACAUUUGGAAUGUUAAAUACUUACCCAAGUUUAAAUGGGGCCAUAUAAGUGAAAAAUUAGCCUAUGAGAAAGCGGCACGUGAACAACGCAUGCGCACUGAAAUAUCACAAGCGAAACGUGAAGCCAGUUUUUACUUGGAAAAUGUUGGAAAAGGGAAAGCUAUUGCUGCCAUGGAAGGACGAAGAAAGAAGAAAAGAAAACUCACACAGAUGGACGAUUUACCGCCGCAAAAGGUUAACCGUAAAAUUUAUCAAAAACCGAUUGCAGGAAAGGAGUUUGCAUCCACUGAUAUUUUGAAUCCAUCUUUGCUCUCAAAGAUUUUCACGAGUGGAUAGGGUGUAAAACCAUGUUAGUAUUUGGUCGUAAGACCCAUACGUAUCCUGCCCGAAUGUUUUCAUUGCAACACAGCACAUGAGCAUUGAUAUUUUGGAAAGUGGUUUGGAGAAGUUGCUUUCGAUUAUCGAUAAGACGAUCGGUGACACGUUUUUGAACGAAUCUUGGAGAUUAUUAUUUUCCAAAAUAAUAUUUUAUUACGUGGAUUUGAUACAACAACAAAGUGUAAUUUAUUUUAUCUGUAGUACUAUACACUAUUUUUAUAAGAACAUCUUUACAAACAGAAGAAAAGUCUUCGAGCAUUCAGUACAUAAA